UGGAGUACAACAACAACAACAUUGAAUGUUAGGAACGAAAACAACCGAAUCCAGGUAGCGUUGUCAGACUAGAAUUAUUGGAAUUCGAUCAUGGAUGAUAUUUGGUUGUAUUGCGGUCAGUAUGUAAGCAUUUGUUAGCGUUUAAUCUACUUUUAAAUCCCCUUAGCAACGGUGCUUGGAUACCGAUUGACUAGUGGAGUCGGGAAGCGCGCGCCCAUUGGCGCAAAAAGAAGAAGCUGUCGCAUCAGAUGUGCUGCUCAACGGGCGGAUGUCUGCCGAGCUGUUUGACAAUGAGGACACGAGCGCCUCUUUUGGAACAACAACAGCAAGCCAAGCGGACAAAGCGGGAAGUUUCCAAAGUGGUUCCCACAACAAUGGCAAGCUGAAGACCAGUGUUCCGCAUUCGCAGCUCCAAUUCCAGGCUAGCGCUUUGGCUCCGGCCCUCGCCCUGUCGCCCGCGAACGCUGCCGAAGACGCCAGUGUGGCAGACGACUCUCUAUUCCAAAAAAGCCAUGUUGAAUUUCUGCCUUUACGCGCAAGUCCCGACUUUUCUGCGGCGCACGAGUCCGAUGAGGGCUCCUUGUCUCAGCACCCUCUGGCCCAGGAGACCUCCGAUGGCGAGAGCGCUCUCGCGCCGGGCGAUGAUGUAGACGCAGUCGCUCAGGCCGCCGACGUCACUCACGUCACCUUGGGUUCUCGCAGUACGCAACCCGACGCCGCCAGCGAGCUGUUGUACCGAAAGCUGCUGUCUCAGAGCAACAAGUCCACCCCGCAAACGUCCAAAGGCGGAACCAGCGUCCCGGGAUCCGAGUGUGACGCCGCCGAGCAGUCCUACCUGGGUUUCCUGCCGCACUCCCGGCCCGCGUCGGCGGCUCCGACCAAGUCUGCCGUCAAGUCGGGGAGACUCUCCGUCAUCCCCUCCAGCUACCAGAAUUCCCAACAAGUUCCAUUCCAUGCCGACCCUUCCAGCGACGUGUCGGCGGAUUCCAAGAUGGCCGCCUCCUCUUCUGCUGUCCGUUUGGAGGUCGACAACGACGCCCCCUACUGGACCUCCCAGCACACCACGUCGUCCAAGCAGGUGGACCUCAACAUCGAGGACAGGAUUCCAUUGUAUCUCCAAAACCUCGGCAUUGACCAGUCGCCGGCCGACAUCUUGACCCCGUUUGCGCCCAGGGGACCCAUCAGGGAGCCGGAAUUCUCGCCCACCGAUCUCAGCACUGUCAAGGAUUCUGCGGGAGGGACGCCCAUGAAGAGCAUCGCGUCAUCGGAAGCCGGCAGCCCCCCCAAAGUCGAGCCUUCGGACUGCAACACGUUGUCAGCUUUCGGCCAUCGAGACCCUCGUCCCACCGUCCACGAUCCCCGCUCGGAAGGUCCCGCUGGCCCGGGGGGUGCCGGCUCAUCGGCGAAGCUCAGCGUCGCGCCGCCCGUCGUCAGGAACCGGGACACGGAUCGGCUUCGCCGGGCCGAGCCGGAAGGCUGCAGCACCGCCCCUCGGUCGCCGCCGGCCGUCGGAGCGCCACCGACCGCGGACGACCGGGACCCCGCCUCGUUCGCUAGCCCGGCGCCCCACGCGGCGGCCGGUCUCGGUCCACUUCCGGAAGACCCGGAGGAUCAAGCCUCCGUGAGCGACGGCAGCGCUCAGAGUUCGCUGACCGUCAGAGUGGCCGAGUUGCUGCGGGACGGAUCGCCGGCCGCCGGCGUCUCGGACCGCGAGGACCCCAAACACAAAAAGCGCUUCGUCCUGGAAUUGUCGGAGGGCCGUUUUGACUCGCUGGAGUUGGACAAAGAGGAUCGGCGGCGCAUCGAAGAGAUCAAGGCCGCCAUGCUCUCCAACAACUUUGUCACGAGCGAGAGCAGCACAGACACGGAGAGCACGGCGGCGGCGUCCGGCGUGGCGGCGCCGGCGACGCCACCCCCCCUUUCGGCCCCGGCGUCCGCGUGGAUGCCCCUCCUUCCGGAAGCCGAGCCCGCCCGCCCGGAGGCCGCCCUGCGGGAGAUCGCCGACGUCAAGGCGCACACGUCCAUCACGAUCGCCGCCCGUAAGCGGCCCGCCGCCCCCUGCCCGCCGCCGCCGGACUCCCACCCGCCUGCGGGGAUCGGCGCGGACCGGACGCCGUCCUGGCCGGAAGAGGCGAGCGCCGACGCCAUGGAGGCGGAGGCCAGCGCCGAGGUGGAGGCGAGCGCCGGGCCGGAGGAGCUGGAGGGGGAAGCGUCCCGCCGGCGUCACGCGGCGGAGGACACCACCCUCCCGUUUGGUCACGUGUCGCGCGCCCACCUCACCCUUUCGCCAAAACCUCCCGAACAGCCCCCCCGCCCCCGCCCCGCCUCCUCCUCCUCCUCCUCUUUGUCGGCGGGGGCCCCCGGCGACAGAUUUGUCCCGCUCAGGCGCUCCUCGCCCGCCGUCAGCAGCGCGGAUGAGGGCGUGGGCCUCUGCGGCCCCCCGCCCAAGCGGGACGAGCGCAGACAGCCGACAUCUGCUCGACCUGCGCCUGCUCCUGCUCCUCCUCCUCCUCAUUAUCUUCAUCAAUUGUCCGUCGCAGGCAACGCCAUGAGGAGCUACACGCCGGAAACGCCAGUGCGGGACGAGUGCGUCCCUCGCGCGGCGGCGGCCGGCCUGCGUCCUUACAAGCCUCGCGGCGCCAACGAAGUCUUCUUCAUGCCUCACGUCGAAGCCGACGCGUCCUCCUCGUGCACCACCAUGGAGAGCUCGCACACGGGUUUGGACGACGCCGUGCCGCCGCUGUUCAGCGCCGAGGUUCUGGGCCGGCAGGAUCCGGGCCUGGACCGCGGCGUCGCCAUCAAGCACGCCGAGGGCAUCUACAGCAAGAGGCGCUCGCACGCGCCGCCGCUGCUGCUCCCAGAUCGACGCUUUCCUCAUGCGGGUCAGCACGAAGCCCCCACAAUGGAGCGCUUGGGAGCGGCGGGCGCGGCGCCGCAGGACGGCAACCGUUUGCCCCCGGGGCUCGCCAGCAGGGAGGCGUGGCUCCUGGAGCAGCUGCAGCGCCUGUCUGAUCUCAUCCUCACCACCGGGGGCGCCGACGUGCCGCCCUCGCGGACGCCGUACGGCGAGUCGGAGCCGCCAAAGGCGUGGCCGCGGCAGGCGCCCGCCCCCUGCGGCCUUUGUCCGGCCGACAGAGACGAGUCCAGCACCACCACGUCCACGCUGGACACGGACCGCCUCGUGCGGGUCUUCGGUGCUCACCGCAUCCAAAGCGCCAAGACCCCCCAAAGCUUUCAAAAGAUCUCCAAGUCUUCGUCCCGCCUCCACAAACUCUACGACCACGUGGCCAAGCAACGGGAGCAGUGGGAGGGGCGGGGCUUCGACGCCGCGCUCUCCGAAACCACGGCCACCGAGGCGUCCAACGUGACUGGCGAGUCGUCGUCGACGGGCUCCUUCGCCAAGACGCCUCAGCACACCCCCUCCAAGAAGAUCCUUAGCAGAGGCGUCCAAGCAGGUGACGUUGAGUUUGUAUGCAACGCGACGCGCCUUUGCACACGAGACGUGGGAACCAUGUUCCCGCCCCCGGGACGAGCGCGAAGAAGCGCGCCCAAAGGUCACGUGACCUCCCUCAAGCACAAGAAGACCCGAACGCCGCCCAGCUUGCCCAAAGCAGUGUGGUGGUUCAUCCCGCUGGACGAGUCGUCCAAGGAGAACCGUCCCGAGGAGCAAGACGAACCCGGCGAGGUGGAGGCGGCGCAACCCGAUCCCAGUACCGUUUGGUACGACACCGCGGCCAAAACGCCAAGAGAACCUCUCAGGCCGCGACAACAAUUUGAUGACGACGACGAUGACGUCGCCCAUCCCGGAUCCUCCGCAAGCUGCCACCAAAUCACGUCUCUGCAGGAAGCUCUCGCCACGCGACGACCAGACUUCAUCUCGCUUUCGCGUCAGCGCGUACAAAUCUUGAGUGGGCGAAAGAUCAACGCGGCGCUGCCAGGCAGCGGCAUGCCGAGGAGGGCGGUGCCCAGGAAGGAAAUGAAGCAGCGUACCAAACAGCUGUACGAAGGACUUCCGGAGGUUCUCCGCAAGUUGGAGAUGGAGCGAAGGGACACGCAACUGCGAUUAAACAGACUCAACCUGCAGAUCUUCAACAAGAAAAUCACCAAACGUCGCCUGGAGAACUGCAAGGCUGUCCAGUAUGAAAACUUCUGGUGAUUUUGGCCAAUGGAUUUUUAAAAACAUGUGACACUGUCAUCCCCCCCCAAAUUUUUUUUUAGCAUUUAUAAUAAAAAAAUUCACUUUGAAGAAAGGCUGAGGGUUGACUAGCCACACUUUAUUGAUCAGCGUCUCGCACACGACACGUACAGAAAACCGCAACAUGAAAAGCAUCACAUUUAAAACAACAAAA